AUGCCUUUGGAACUACUGAAGUCUGGUGGAAAGACUCAGCUGAUACAGCGUAUUGUCUUACUGCCGGAUACUUGGACAAGAACGGUUAUAAUUUAUACAAGAUCGAUUGUGUACACAUCCGGGAGCCGCUAUCGUUAUCUUACUGGGACAUUUACAGCUAACAAUGCUCUCAUGCCACAUCGGCCGCUGCGUGGUGCCAUCAGCCGGGAAGCCUUACUUGCUGCGUACAGCAGAACAGGUAAGCGAAAACGUGCUACUGCUAGCGCCUCCCUUCUUACACUUUCAAGAUUUCCGUCUUACACCCUCCAACCAGUUUUGAAUACUUUCUCCACAGGUUCCAGCCCUAGGACUAACCGUUUUGCUCGCAUUGCAUCACACUCCAGUGCAGCUUCUGUACGCCUGAGUUCAGUCACAACCCUGAACACUUCGAAGUCUGUUUUCAAACCCUGA